AUAGACAAAGCAAUAUUAUGCUCCGUCUCUGUUGUAAGUCGCUGCCUCUCCCUAAAUUUUAGUUGAAUGUGAAAAAAAUUCGCUUGUUUUUAUUUCAUGAUUUUUUAAAUCGAAUACAACAAAACAACUCCGUUAUUUUGGAUGCAUACUAUAUUUUAUUAAUACUUACUGUAUAAGUUUCACAUAGAUACACCAUGAACGUUAUUCUGCUUUUGACAUCUAUCAUUGCUUUAAGCAUAGCUCAAGCUCCAGAAAAAUUUACCGGUAAUCCUUGCAUUUCUAAAGAAACAUGUGGUGAUUGCAUAACAGCUGAUCCAGAAUGUGCAUGGUGCUCACAAGAAGAUUUUACAUCUGAUGGAAGUAGAAGGUGUGAUUAUACAGGAAAUUUGAGAAACAAAUGUGCAGAUGACCAUAUAGUUAUGCCUGCACAGGAAAUGACAAAACUUAAGGACCAAGAGCUCAGCAAUAAGGGAGUGAAAGAAGGUGAAGCGAUACAAAUUAAACCUCAAGAAAUAAAUCUGAAAUUAAGACCAAAUUCUCCUUUUCCAUUAGUAGUAGAAUUUCGGCAAGCUGAAGAUUACCCCGUAGAUUUAUACUAUCUCAUGGACCUUUCAAAUUCAAUGAAGGAUGAUAAAGACAAGUUGGCAGAAUUGGGAAAUACAUUAUCUGGUGAAAUGGGGAAAAUUACAAGCAAUUUCAGACUUGGAUUCGGAUCAUUUGUAGAUAAAGUUGUUAUGCCGUAUGUUAGCACUGUCCCAGAAAAACUUAAACAGCCUUGCACUGAUUGUGCUGCACCAUAUGGAUUUUUGAAUCAUAUGCCUUUAACCACUGAGACAACAACUUUUGCAAAACUUGUGAGGGAUGCUAGAGUCUCUGGAAAUUUGGAUGCACCUGAAGGUGGAUUUGAUGCCAUAAUGCAGGCAGUUGUUUGCAAGGACCAAAUUGGAUGGAGAGAAAAAUCAAGAAAGAUGUUGGUUUUUUCUUCUGAUAGUGGCUUUCAUUAUGCUGGCGAUGGAAAACUGGGAGGUAUAGUAAAGCCUAAUGAUGGUUUAUGCCAUUUGGACCAAGAUGGCUAUUAUACUGAAAGCACUCAUCAAGAUUAUCCGUCUUUGAGUCAAAUUAAUCAUAAAAUACAAGAAAACAAAGUCAACAUUAUUUUUGCAGUGACUGCAAAACAAGUUCCGGUUUAUGAAAGACUGAGCAUUUUAUUGGAAGGUUCUAGUUCAGGAAAACUUGAAAAUGAUUCCUCUAAUGUAGUAGAUCUUGUUCGCAACCAGUAUGAUAAAAUUACUUCAGCUGUUGAAAUGAAAGAUAAUGCUGGAAGCAAUAUUGAAGUUACAUAUUACUCGACUUGUCUCGGGAAUAAAAAGGAAAAGACAAAUAUUUGCAAGGGUCUUAAAGUAGGAACUAAUGUGACUUUUGAAGCUAAUAUCGAAGUGACUUCUUGCCCUAAAGAUCCCAAGGAAUGGGAGCAAACAUUCCAGAUUUAUCCAGUUGGUUUAAAUGAAGCUUUAACAAUUCAUCUGGAAAUGAUCUGUGAAUGUAAUUGUGAAAAACCUGAAAAUGAAGAAAAAAAUAGUCCUAAAUGUACUUUUGGUAAUGGAACAUAUGAGUGUGGUGUCUGUAGUUGCUAUAAUAAUCGGUAUGGUCGCGAAUGUGAGUGUGAUGCUAAAGAUAGUGACCAGGCCACCGAUGAUAUUGGAUGUUAUUUUGGUAAUGAUACAAAACCAUGUUCUGGAAGGGGCGUCUGCAGAUGUGGUGAAUGUGAAUGUUACAAGCGUCAGAACCCGGAAGAAAAAGUUACUGGGAAGUUUUGUGAGUGUGAUAAUUAUUCCUGUGACAGAUCUGAUGGCAAAAUUUGUAGCGGUCCUGAUCAUGGUGUUUGUGAUUGUGGAAAAUGCAAAUGUAAACCUGGAUGGAAAGGAUCCGAUUGUGGAUGCAGAGAUACAAAUGAAACGUGUGUUGCUCCAAAUGGGAAAAUAUGCAGUGGCCAUGGGACUUGUGAAUGUGGUAAUUGCAAGUGUUAUGAUUCAGAAGAAGAAAGAUACAGUGGUUCUUUUUGUGAACGUUGCCCGACAUGUCCUCUAAAAUGUGAUGCAUUCCGAGAUUGUGUGGAAUGUCAGAUCUUUCCAGAUGACAAUGACGUUAAUCCUGAAAAUUGUUCUGCGUGCUCCUUUAUUACUAUUGGAGUUGACAAAGUGGAAGUAAAAGAAGAAGAAAAUGAGAAGUUGUGUGUAUUUAGAGAUGACAGAGAUUGCCAAUUUACUUUCAAAUAUAAGCUGGACGAAGAAGAUCAACCCAUUGUUCAUGCUCAGCGAACAAAAGAUUGUCCUGAACCUGUUAAUAUACUUGCUAUUGUCUUGGGAGUUAUUGGAGGAAUUAUAGCUAUUGGCCUGGCUCUCUUACUAAUUUGGAAAUUGCUUACAACUAUCCAUGAUCGACGAGAAUUAGCCCGAUUUGAGAAAGAAAGACAAAUGGCCAAAUGGGAUACUAGUGAAAAUCCUAUCUACAAGCAAGCUACCUCUACUUUCAAUAAUCCAAUGUAUGGUGGAAAACAAUAGAAGCUACACCAAAAUGACUUUUGUGUGAUGGGUGCUAAAAGAGUUUCUUGCAGUGGUUCAGUGAUUUUAAGGUUUUUAUAAAUACUGUGCUUAUGAAUAUUCUGAAAGGAGUGCUUAUAUUAAAGAUAGUAACUUAUGAUCGUUAAUGUUUGUAAUUUUGAAAAUUAACAUUAAGAAUGAAAAAUGUUUUUUUUUUUCUUAAAAGUGUGCCAAUUUCUUCUUUCUCAAUUCUCAUUAUUAUACUGUUCUUUUUCUUUCACUAAGUAUUAUUGUUUUAUGUAAUGAAUACAUGAGAUGUAAUAUAUUUUUGAUCUAUCUGUUGCCAUUUUUUAACAAUAGAAGCUACAGUGCUGGCCAAAUUAUUAGACUAAGACUGUUUUAAAAACAAAUUCUUUAUUGAUUACCCAACUAUAGACACAUUAACGAAUGGUGAAAUAAUUAUGUAAUAUUUAGUAUGCAUUCCUUUGUUCUUGAUGAGCAUUUUAAGUCUUUUUGGCAUUCUUUUCACAAGGCUUGCACCAUUUCUUAACUUUUUAAAAAAGGAGGUAAAAAAUUGUUUAUACUCACGAUUAUAUAUACUCACUAAUUACCUAAAACUAACUCUAAAUAUAACAGAACACACUGAUAAAAAGAACUAUUGAACUGUUUUAGCUGAUUGAGGUUAUGUUCCUGGUAGGUAGAUAAACAAAGAACAUAAACAAAGCAGACAGUGCUGCCACCUGCAAACAUUAAAUUAUGCUAAAAUAACAUAAUAAUCAGUGUACAGUAUGUACUGUACUUUAACAGUAAAAUAAAUAGUAUUUUAGUACAAAUAGUGUAAAAAAAAAAAGCUCUUUAGUCUAAUAAUUUGGCCAUCACUGUAGAAAUCCAUUUAAAGUUAAUGGAGCUGUCUAGUAGUGAAAUUUGAAGUUUGAGAGUCAAAAAACUUUUUCUUCUCUUCAGAGUAGUUUUGUUUCAGCCUAUUAUGCUGUGAAAUGUAAAAUGUCAUUUUCUUUAGUUAGCUAUUGUAAUUAGUAGAUAUCUCUUUUGCUUUUUAUCUUCAAAGUGCUUUUGUGAAUCUUUGUGUCAUUUGCUAACUUUCAGAGCUUGCUGAACUGUUUACUCGUGCAAUUACAAUGACACAUACUGCCAUUUUUACAAGAAUGUGUAAAAUUAAUGCUAUGCUUUAAACCUAGCUUUAAUAAGUAUAUAUUUAUUGAUUUAUAUAUUUUUUGCUUAGGAUGUUGGUUUGAGUGUUUAAAGUAACUAAAAUAGGUUAAUGAAAAUUAGUCAUCAUUGUCUUAUAUUUAGAGUAGUCGAUUUUAUUUUCAAAAUAUUAGUUUUCUAUAUAUAUGAUCUGUUAUCUUACAUGCAGUCAUGCUGUAGAGUUAAUAUCAAUCAAUGCAGUGUAAAAGAAGUUGGAUUUUUUCAAAAAAGUGAUUUGAUGUUUGUAUGCAUUGGUCAUGUACUAAAGACAUUUUUUGUAUAUACAAUGCAUUUUAUGUUAUCAUUUGUCACAUUUUUAAAUCUGUCAAAAAUGUUUUUAUUGCUUAUGAGUAUGAUUGUACUUAUUUUACAUAUUCUGCUUUCCUCUUGGUUAAACAUUUCAUACUUCUUAAGCUAUACAUGUUCAAAUGUCGUCCAUUUUUAAAGCAUUUCAAGAACUAUUUUUGCUACAUUUUUUUCCCUUAAUGUAUGUGUUGCAUUUGUUUUGCUUUGAAAAAUUUAGAUCUGAGCCGACAAUCAUUUCAUUCAAGAAAAAUCAUCUGAAUGUAUCAUUAUUACUAAGUGCCAUUAUUAUGUAUAAAUUAUUUCUGUACUAAUUCAUUGAAGUGUCAUUUUAAAUAUAGUCUCUAACAAAUUAGUACUGUUAAAGCAUUUACUAACCUAGGCAGCUUAAAAAGAUAUAUUUUGGUUAGUGAAUUUCAUUAUUUGUUAUAGAAGCUAAAUAUUUUUGGUAUCUAUAAAAUGUAGGUUAUUUUAUUAGUUGCAAAAUUUUGUUUAUUUAUCUUGAGCGGGCAACUUUGUGCUUAACUUUUUUCCUCUUACAUACAAAGGUUGAAUUAAAAUUUUGAAAAAAAAAAUUUGUAAUUGAAAUAUUCUGAAUUUUGAAUUGUUAUUAGAAAAAUAUUUAAUGGAAAUUUAUUAAACAAAUUUACAUGUGCCUGGUUUAAGUAUUAUUUACAAAGCAAGCAGCUUUGUAUUGAAUUGCUUGAUUCAAUUCCCCUCCCCCCCUCCUGUGACUUAGUGAAGAGGAAAAUAUUUCAUAAAUUUUAUUUGGUGAAAAGAAUGUGAUUGUAUUUUCCUACUAUGUUAAUAGUUUUUAUAUGGCUAUUUUUGCUUCAAUCUUGAAGUAUUUUGAGGAUCUGCUGACUAUUUUUUUUUGCUGUUUUUAAACUGUAAUUAUUCUUUUUUUUUUUCUGACUGAUCCAGAAUUCUCCUGAAUUGUGAUAAAUGCAAUUAUUUCCUCAUAUAUUUAAUGCUGAUUCAUAGCAAAAUAAUGAAACUUUAAAUAUUGUAUAAUAUAUAUAUAUAUAUAUAUAUAUAUAUAUAUAUAUAUAUUUGUAUAAAAAUACCAAAAAUAUAUGUAUAUAUUUAUCAGUGGCGAGAAUUAUGUGCUGCAUGUACAGACGUAGGUAUAGCCAUGAUCAGAGAAAAAAAAAGAAUAAUGAAAAUCAUAAAUCGUUUCUAGAUAAAAUGAUUUUAAAAAAAAAUUAAUCCUAAACAUUUCUUUUCCCCCCCGCACCUUUUGAAUGAAAACUAAUUCACUAAUAAUUUUCAGAAUUUGCUUUUGGCUGAAUGUCAUUCAGACAAGUAUUUUUCAUCCAACCACACCAAGCAAAACACACCAGCUUUAAGCAUACGCUUUGUCACCUGAAAUUUAGUGAUAAGGAAUAUAGGAGUGUAAUAUCAUCUCCCAGGGGGAAUAAAAGGCUUGUAUCAUUUCAUACUAUUAAGAGUCUUUUUCAUGUGGAAAAGAAAUUUUAAGAGAUCUGUCAAGCCCAAUUGUUUUAUCUUAAUUAUUUUGACUUUAUAAUAAAAGUUAACUAAAAAAAUCAGCUUAUAAAAUAUUAAAUAGAGGAGGGGUUUGAAAGAGGUGCAUAGUUAAGAUAUUGAAUGUUUGAAGAAAAAAAGAAAAUUAUUGAAAAAAAUACAGAACCUAACUUUUACGUAUUGUAGCAUAACAUUUAAGUUUAUUUUCCCAUAGCAAUGAGAAAUAUAAUUAUUUAGUUUUUUAACUUUGACAACCAGUCAUUCUUCUGAAAGAGUAAUAAGUUCCAAUCUCAUCUUGUGCCUAGUCCCUUAAGAUUUUGAACUUCAUUAUCUCCUUGCAUUUUAGUCGCAAAUGUUUCAAUUUUUUUGUGUUGGAAUUAUUUUUCAGUGGAGAUUAUUUCCCUAAAUAUAAGUAGCCUAGGGUCUAUAAAAAAAAGGAUUUCACCUUUUCACACUAAUUUUCUUUCUUGCUUCCAUUUUUUAAUAUCCUAACUCUGCACUUUUUUUUGAAAUUGAAAGUAUGUAUCUAUUACUAACAUAGAAGGCUUGCAGGUUAAAAGGGGAAACGCUGUAUAUGAAUGAAUGAAACUAACUCACAGUUGUUGACUUCAUCACUUACCAUCAGCUUUGGAAAAUUAAAUUGAUAACUUCCUGAAGAAAAAGAAAAUAAAUUGGUAAAUUUUGAUUAAUCACAAAAAAAAUAAAAAAUAAAAAAAAACUUUUUGUAGUUACAGGAUAUUGUUGUUCCUUUUGGAACAAUUUCUAAGUUCCAAGUAAGCCACGGAUAUUUGUAUACAUAUAUUUGUUAUUGUGUCUGUAACUCGAUAAUUUUACAAAAUAUGCUUAAAAUCAUGAUGUGUGAAGCACUUUUAAUAUGUAUUCCAUAUGGUGGAAAAAUACUCAUAUUUUCCAGUUAAUGCAUUUAGGAAGCUGCUUGUUUAUACAAAUUUAAUGAUCUAACUAUCAACUUAAAAUGAGAAAGAACAAGUAAAAUUUGCCUGAACUUCGGAUUGAACCAGGGACUUGGGUAUUACCAUUUCAAUUCAGAAUCCUCCAAGCUACCCAUGCACAAUGAAGCUAAAAAAUCAGUUCCUGUGCUUUUGCUUGGGUAGCUCAGAUGGCAGAGCAUUGGAACUAUGAUUCAGUUUCCUGGUUCGAUCUUGGUCCUAGGCAAUAUUCUUUCCUUUUUCUCAUGUUCAGUCAAUAAUUGCAAUAUUUUGAUAUGUCUGUGUGUACAGUAGCCCAUUAUUAUAUUGCACUCAUUAGGGGAUGAAAAAAACAAACAAUAAAUCCUAAAAUAUGGUUAUCACGACCUAUUAAAGAAUUAUUAAUGAUUUGUGCUCACACAAAAACUCCACUUGUUCUUAAAUUAGGAUGACUGGCUACACAAAGCAAUGCAAGAAAAUAACCUUUUUAAGAUAAUAUUUCUGAUGUGUUGUUGAAAUAAGGAUUGAAAGCUGCAACUUAUUGUAACCAAUUCAGAUGCAAAAAAAGAAAAAAAAUCUCUGCUUUGUUCAUCAACUGAAAAUAAGAGACAGAGAAAUUUUCCUGAGAUGUACAUUAUUUUUACUUCAGUGUCAAACAUUUAGAACAAGAAAUAGAGCAAGAUACAAAGAAAUGCUAUGAUCCAGCGCUUAAAUCCGGAAAUAAUGGUUAAAAGUUUUGUCUGUUUUGCUUCCCACUUGUUAAGAAAUAGGUUGCAUGUAAUAAGUACCAUGCGUAGGAGUUUUCUGCUAUUAAACCUGCAAUAAGUCAGUUGUUGGGUCCAUGCAAACAGCUUCUUUUUUUUUUCAGCAUUUAGCUUUUGGGGAAGCAAAGUAUGAAUAUCCAAAUGAGCUAUAUUAUAUAACAAAGGGUUAUUGUACAUACAUUUGUUGAAUUUCACUUGGCAGCCAAAAAUCUCUAUAUUAUUUGUCCUGAAAUGUUGUUUUCAUUAUUGUAUUUUUCAUAAAAUAGUUUGAAUUAAUACUGGAUCAAAUUAGAAUCUCAAUCAUUUCUAUUUAUUUUAUUCUACCAAGUCAAAUUUUAUGAAUAAAACUCUUCAGUUGAAUG